GACAUAUUGUCAACCCUAAUUGCGACUUACUUUCAAUUGCAUUUCAAUUGCAAAAAACUUGCUUUGCCGGCUAGACGUAUUAUUUCCAGAAAGCGAACAGAACAAAGCCCAGUGAAAAUGCUACGAAGCGUCUUCUGCAUGCGCCUCAACACCUAUGGCAUGGUGAUUGGUUGGUUGGGAGCGAUCUUCUCCUUCCUGGCCACCAUUAUCUUGGCCGUUGCUCUAGGAUUCUCGAAGCAGAUCGCUGAGGAGAUCGUCAAACAACAAACGGAUAAGGAAAUGACAGUUGACCAAGUUCAUUCCGUACUUGUGAUUCUUUUGAGCGUUUAUUUGGCCUUCAAAGUGAUUAAUCUGCUGGCUUCUGUCAUGUUGGUCGUUGGAACUGUAAAGGAACGUCAUCUUUUACUGCUGCCCUGGUUGAUCAACAACGGAGCUCUCCUGGCCUUUGCCGUUGUCGCCCACAUUGGACUCUGGGUCUCGGUGAUCGCCGCCAAGCCUCCCUUCAUGCAGGCGCUGCCAGUGAUCCUGCUAUCGGUGGCUCUGUUUGUUCUGGGAUGGUAUUUGUACUAUGGCAUCUACUCGCUUUUCAAGCAAAUUCAGGCUUCCAGCGAACUCCAGCGCCCACUGAUCCCCCCGCAGCCCGCACAGCAGGGCAACUCUUAUCCCAGCUACACCAAAAUCUAAAAGAUCUGGUCAAUCAAAUGCGAAAUUUUUCGAAUCUUCCCAUUGGAGCUUCCCGAAUAAUCAUUUACAUAUAUUAAUCAAAUACUUUAUUAUUUUAUCUUUAAAUUCGCAUUAAACCCCAACAUAUUGAGGAGUCUAAUGCUGGAUUCGUAUAUAAGAAACGACUUUCCCAACUGAAAAGGAAACAUUAUUUCGAUUCUAUUUUUGCUCUAUAUACUUAGUAAUACAAUUAUUCGGGCCCUUUGAAAUAUAUAUUUUGCUUACAUACACACAA